UCCUGUGUGAGGAGCAGGUUUUUGGCUUUUUUGUGACGUCAAAGUGAUAAAUUUACUGAAUUGGGUUCAGUCAAAGUGAUCGGAAUUUAGGUUCAAGGUUCUUUAUUGGUCAACGCCACCAUAUGUGCAGAUGUACAGAGGAAUCGAAAUACCGUUUCUCUUCUCUCUCUUAUCAGGUGUUUACAUUGUUUACAGUGCAGUCAGUGCAAUAUAGUAGAGAUUUUGUGUGAAGGGAACAGCAGGGUACUUGUAAUAAAUAGAUAUAUAUAAACCGAGUGAAAAUAUAUAUUUAAACAUCUGAAUAUAAAGCCCUUGAUUACCUAGAAGGGAUUGUGUUGUGAUACUAAACAAGACCACAAGGAUCGAGAUGCGUCUUGAGAUGAUUUUCUGUGACAUAGCAACAAUUCAAGUGACAACAAAUUGAUCCGUCCGUCCAUCCCGUUUCUGUAGCACUGACCCUACACAGGAAACCUGGAGACUAUCCCAGAGGGACUCAUAGCACAAGAAUAGGCACUGAAAAUGGAGCCCGCCUUCAACCGAACUGCCCUUUAUUCUGAUGACGCAGAUCAAUGGAGCCAAAGUAAUGCCACCUUCUUGAACAGCUCUGCACUUUCUGUACAUCUGAAUAAGGCUGCUAACCUGAUUAGCAUUUUCAUACUUUGCGACACUAUGGUUGCUCUCGGCUGCACCAUGAAGUUGUCCAAGAUAAAGGAUCACAUCAUGAAGCCCAAAGGAGUGGUGAUCGCCAUACUGACUCAGUUCGGGGUGAUGCCCCUCACGGCCUUCUCUCUGGCUAAACUGUUCCAGCUUGCUCCCAGGGAGGCCAUGGCAGUGCUGGUUUGUGGCUGCUCUCCAGGAGGGGUGCUUUCCAACGUCCUGUCUUUUGCCUUCAGGGGGGACAUGGAUCUCAGCAUUGUGAUGACGACCUGCUCGACUCUGACAGCGCUGGGAAUGAUGCCCCUACUGCUCUUCAUUUACUGCCAUGGCUUCUCCAACGUGAGUGCUGUGCCCUAUGGUAGCAUCAUCCUGGCCUUGUUUUUGACUUUGAUACCUUGUGCCAUUGGCAUCUACAUUAACCAUCGCAUACCACAGUACUCCAAACUUGUCACCAGGGUUGGACUGAUUAUAAUGCUGCUCAGCUUGAUUGCGUUUUCAGUUGUGAUCGGGAUUUUAUUAGGCGAGGCCAUCCUGACAGUCGCAGCGCCUCCACUCGUGGCCACAGCAGCGCUGAUGCCACUCGUCGGCUACGGACUCGGCUAUGUGCUGUCACACUUCUUCAGGUUUGACGGACCGUGUAGGAGGACUAUUGCCAUCGAGACGGGUUGCCAGAACAUCGUUCUCUGUUAUACGAUCCUAAAGGUAGCCUUCGAUCCGAAGUUCAUCGGGCCGUAUUUCCUUUUCCCUUUUCUCUUCUUUUUCUUCCAAAUUCCUGAAGCGUUGGUUUUAAUCGCAAUCUUCCGAUGGCACACCAGGGAGAAACCUUCCGAUGAACCGACGGCUAAUCAUCAGGACCUUUGAGUAUUUUUUGAUGCAUACAAAUGACUGUACAGUGGAACCUCGGCAUACGAAUGCCCUCCCUUACGAAUUUUAGCCUUAAGAAUUGAAAUUUUGCAAGAAAUUUGCACUGGCAUACCAAGUAAUUUCAGCAUACGAGUGAACCCAACACCGGUUGGAGUGGAUUAUCUGCAUUUACAUUUCUUAUGAGAAAAUUCAUUUCACAAUACAAAUUUUCGCCUUAAGAACUCUCCUCCAGAGCGAAUUAAAUUCGUUUGCCGAAGCUCCACUGUACUAUAAACCAAUGUCUACCAUUUUGUAAUAUAUUCAGGGCUGAGGAAGUCAAGGUUGUUGUAUUUAAGUCUUAUUGUUUUGGACCAAAGUUGCUCUACCUGGAGGCUUUAAGGCUUUAGUACUAGGGUGUAGGGGCAACAAUAUGCAUAAAUGAAUGCAUUUCUGUCUCAUUUUUGUUUUUUUUCUGCUCAAAUCCAUGGGAAGUACUAGCUCAGUGGUUAAGAGAAGGUCAGAUUGGAAGGUUUUGAGUUCCAAGCUGCCACUGAUGGGCCCUUAAACAAGGUCCUUAGCCCUUUAUGCUCCAGGGAUGCUGUAUUAUAGCUGGCCCUGCACUUUGACCCCAACUUCCUCAGCUGGGAUAUGCAAAGGAAAGAAUUCCACUGUGCUGUAAUGUAUGUCUGAUGACAAUAAUGGCUUAACUACUGAGCUGUAUAAAUGUGAUAAUCAUACACGUUGCUCUGGAUGAGAUCAUCUGCCAAAUGCUGUAAAUGUAAACGUCCUCAUCCCAGUGGUUCCCAUUGGUUUAGUAAGGGAAGCUGAACUCCCCAGAAGCUUGAUGAAACCCCACAAGAUAGAACACAUACAAUAACUUCACUUAGACUUUUGAUGAAUCGAGACGAAAAACUUUACAUCCAACCUUCAAUGGAGGACGUUAGCUGCAAAUGUGCAAUAAAUGCGGCCUCGCAUUUGAACGGAAGCACAACAGUCUUGUUUUGGUUGAAAAUAAAAGAAAGUUAUUAAAUAAAUACAUAACUUGUGUCUUGAUGUAAGGUUUAAAUCGACUUCUUUGUGUUUAGUGUGUGUGCUGACCUUAUUAACCGCAAUGUCCUACCUUAUAGGUUUGUUGUAUUUUUGCAGGAAUUCAUUGGUAGUGUAUCUGUAUUUGUUAUAUCUGGACAUUUCUUGAGUUCAUUUAGAUCCUGCCUGCAAUUUUGGACCCAACAAUUAGCGCUCGUUAAAUGUGCAGAGUGGAAAAUAAACCCUGGAAGGAAGCCGCAGAGAUGUUUCAGUGGUGUUAUUUCUGGUUAUUGCAAGUAGCUAGGAC